AUGGCCAAGCCCGUGGCCGACACGCAGUCCCGGGCCGAGAACGCGGCCGGCUACGUCUCCGACACCAACCCCAUCCUCGGCUUCUCGCACAUGCACGACUCCGGCACGGGCGGCCAGCCGUCGCUGGGCAACUUCCCCCUGUUCGUGCACCCGGGCUGCCCGGACGACGACCCCGCCCGCUGCGCCUACUCGGUCAUGGACCGGCCGACGGAUCGCGUGCCCGGUUCGGUGUUCGCGGCGCCGGGGUAUUUUACGGUUAAUUUGACCAAUACGGUGCGCGCCGAGAUGACGGCGACGCAGAGGGCGGUGCUGUAUCGGUUUGGGUUUCGGGGCGGGGAGAGGGUGGAUGUGAGGAGGGUGGAGGGGGAGGAGGUGGUGAAGGGCGUGCCGUACGCGCCCGUGGUGCUGGUGGAUUUGGUGGAUUUGAUGAAUAGUCGGAGUAACGGGGGGAUUCAGGUGUUUCCGGAGUCGGGGAGGGUGGUGGGGCAGGGGACGUAUGGGCCGUCGUUUGGGGCGGGGAAGUAUGCGGCGUACUUUUGUGCUGAUUUUAGGGGGGCUGCUAUUCGCAAGACGGGGACGUUUAAGACGAAUGAGGCGGUUGAGGAGCCCAAGUUCUUGGGUAGCGUUGGCGCGGGUUACCAUAUGCCUACCGGCUCUGCGGGUGCUUGGCUGCAGUUUGAGCCGCCCGCGAAUAACUCGCUGCUGGCGAGGGUUGGGGUGUCGUUUAUGUCGGUGGACCAGGCGUGUGAGAAUGCCGAGAGGGAGAUCCCGGAUUGGCAUUUCGAGAGGGUGGAGAGCGAUGCGCGGAAGGAGUGGCGGGAGAAACUGGGCGCGAUCGAGGUUGAUGCUACCGGGGUGAGCGAUGAGCUGCAGACGACCUUCUGGUCGGGGUUGUACAGGACUCUGCUGUCACCGCAGAACUACACGGGGGAGAACCCGCUGUGGAACUCGACAGAGCCGUACUAUGACUCCUUCUACUGCAUCUGGGACUCAUUCCGCGCUCAGCAUCCGCUGUUGACCAUUAUCGACCCGGAGACGCAGACCGAUAUGGUGCGCGCCUUGAUCGACAUCUACAGACAUGAAGGGAAACUGCCGGACUGCCGGAUGAGUUUCUGCAAGGGCUUCUCGCAAGGAGGCUCCAACGCAGACGUCGUGAUAGCCGAUGCCUACGUCAAAGACCUGAGAGAGGGUAUCGACUGGGACGCCGCCUACGAGGCAGUCAUCUCAGAUGCCGAAGUCGAACCAUCCAACUGGGGUCUUGGAGGCCGCGGCAACCUGGUCAGCUGGCACGAAUUCGGGUACAUCCCCAAAGACGACAAAGACGUCAACGGCACGGGCCCGAUGAGCCGCAGCAUCAGCCGAGGCGUCGAGUACGCCUACGAGGACUUCUGCAUCGCCUUACUGGCUGAGGGGCUCGGACACGAGGCCGAUGUGGCCAAGUACCGGCGGCGCGGCGGCAACUGGCGCAACUACUGGAACCCCACCCAGCGCGACGUCUUCAAGGACGCGGACGGCAAGCCGACGGAAACCGACUUCACGGGGUUCAUGCAAGCGCGGCUGCUGAACGGCUCCUUCCGCUACACCAACACGCGGGCGUGCUCACCCGUGCAGGACAUGCACUCGUGCUACUACGACACGGGACUGGACACAUACGAAGGCAGCCCGUGGCUGUACAGCUUCUACGCGCCGCAGGACAUGGCCACUCUCAUCGGACUGAUGGGCGGGCGCGACGCCUUCGUCGAGAGACUCACCUACUUCCUCACGAGCGGCAUCUCGUACCUCGGCAACGAGCAGGGGUUCCUGCCCGUCUUCCAGUUCCACUACGCCGGCCGGCCCGGCCUGAGCGCCCACUUCGUGCGCGAGAACAUCCCGGCCCUCUUCAACGCCACCGUCAACGGCAUCCCGGGCAACGACGACUGCGCCAUGGGCGCCUUCAGCGCCUUCGCCAUGAUGGGCUUCUUCCCCGUCGCCGGCCAGGACGUCUAUCUGCUGUCGACGCCCUUCUUCCCCGAGGUGAGGCUCAAGGCCAAGCAGAAGGGGAAGUGGGCUGUGAUUAGGGUGCGGGAUUUUGAUCCGGAGGGGAAGAAGAAGUAUAUCCAGCGGGCGACGCUGAACGGGAAGGAGUAUACGAAAAAUUGGAUUACGCACGAUUUCUUCGUGAAGGGGGGCGUGUUGGAAUUUUGGGUGGGUGUGGAGGAGGGGAAUUGGGGGACGAAAGACGACGAUCUGCCGCCGAGUUAUCCCAUCCAGUGGGAUGAGGGGCCUGGAUUGGAGGAGGGAUAUCAGGGGUAA